AUGGAGAUGGAGAGCUCGCGCAGAUCCCUCGACAGAUCGAAGGAGCCGGGUCUCCUCAAGAAGCCCCGCCUGGGGGAGUUGGCAGAGAGGGAUCCCCGCGGUGUCCUCGCUGGUAAGGGCGCCGGUCCCGAUCGAGAUCGACCCUUCCUCCCGAGGGCUGCGGCGCCCUUGGCGGGUGGGGUGCCCAACCCGGGGGCGUCCAGGUUGAGGGCGAACGAGCGCGAGAGAGAUUCCAGGGUUGAAGAUCAGCCCGCGGCCGCCUUCCGGGGCCCUUCCUAUCAGCAGCAGCAGCAGAUGCAGGAGUUGGCCGCGCAGUACAAGUCGGCCCUGGCCGAGCUUACCUUCAAUUCGAAGCCCAUCAUCACAAACCUGACGAUUAUCGCCGGGGAGAGCUUACACGCAGCCAAAGCGAUUGCCGCCGUCAUCUGCGCCAAUAUUCUCGAGGUGAAACUGAUUCCCCAGUUGUUUAUCUCUUAAGCGUAUUCUGGAUGAUAAUCGAUCGACUCAGGUCUCGCUCCCCUUGUCCUCUCUUGUUUUCCUCGUUCUCUCUGCUUAUGAGAAGUAUUUAUGCCAGAAACUCACUAAACCAACCACUUUAGUUGGUGAAGCGAGCGAAAAAGAUAUGAAACAAAGUCCUCCUGUACGCUGGAAAUCGCGAUUAGUGAAUGAAUCGAGUAUUUUUUACUUUUUUUCCUUCUACUUGGGUGGAUCCCGAAAUUUUGACAAUUGUUGUGCAUCAAGGAUCCUGUUAUUCAUUCUAUCAACACCUGAGAAAGUGCGUAUGGAGUGACAUUUGGUAAGUAGUAUGCCAAUGCCUGAGAUAGAUUGUGAAAAGUGGUUGUCUCAUCUUCGAAGACAUGAAAUGGAAUGGAAUGGUUUUUUUUUUUUUUGUGAAUGAUUUUCUUGACGUCCCCAUAACUGCUAUUCAUUCCUGCUCGAGCAUCUAUGCCUUCUUGAAAGGCCGAUUUGAAGAAUGGCCUUCGUAACUGUUCAGUGGAUGUUCAAAAAGGAAAAGAUUAUAUUGAUUUACUAAAAUUUAAUGGUUGCUGGAAUGGUGAUCUUAUGGAGUUUGUUCAUCUCAUGUUCUACGUUUGAUUGUAUGCUUGGAUGAUUGGGAGCUAUGUAAACUUACUGGUUACCGUGAUAAUGAGAAAUUGAUUAGUUGGUUUAGGAAUGUACAAACUUUGUCACAGAAGGAGCCUGUAUCACGUUUUAAACGUCAUCUGCCAGAUGUUUUAAUUCUUUAUUAUAAUGUUGGAAAAUAUUUGAUAAUAAUGAUGUUUUCCUUGCAUACUAUUUCAGUUUAGAGGUUCAGUAGAUGUAUUGGUUUGAAGAAUAUUCUUUUAGGAACAGUAAACCAUGAAUUGGAUGGACGGAAAAUAACAUCCAGUGGCUAGGAUGGAUAGGAAACUACAGGAAAAAAUAAUGCAAUAAAGUAGGUUUAUUUGACUAUGCUCUUGUGACAGUCAAACAUACAUUAGUCACUUAAAAUUGUAUAUCUGGAGCAAAAUAUGGGUGAAUAGAAUGUCCAAGGACCUCCUCUUUACCCAAGUUAUUGUGAAAGGAAACUAAUAGAUACUAAUGAAAUGCAGCAUCUAUGGGAUCAUUCAUAUGGUUGGGCCUUUUCUGACUGAGUCAAAUAGUCAAGAAGUACUCAGACCAUCUUUUUUUUAUUUACACAACAAAGGUUCAUGGUGAAAUGAUUCUCGUCUUAUGGUUUUGACUUGACAUCUAUACCGUGAUGUUAGAUGCUGAUUUCCCUAAUCACUGGCGAACCAUUAAUAUAUGUUUAUGAAAUGUAACUAUCAAUUACUGAACAAGGGAGAAAGCUGCAGUUACAAGCUAUUUAAUUAACAUGAUAACGAUAAAAUACUUGAAUGCACUGAAAAAAGAAUAGGGAUCAAGCUUAUUGGGUGACCUAUUUGAAACAACAAUUCAAUAUUCCUUGUAUUUUCUCUAGUUCCGAGUACUGAUGGAACAAUCCCUAAUGCUUGCAACGUUAUCUUUUAAUUUGGAUAGGACAGUCAGAUUGGCUGAAAUCAUUUUUACGGCCAUGGAUUUCCCCCCCCUCUUUUUAGCUUUUAUCUGCUUAAACAAAAAUUACUUUUGUGAUAGGAUUGAUCAUCUAUUGCCUUGUAGAUUACAGCGGACCGUCCAUAUUUGAUACAGAAUAUUAAAUAUCUCCUGGCUUUCAUCCAAUGAACCAUGCAGAGAAAAAUUUCUUCAUCUCUCGUUAGAAUCCCGCUGAUCGUCUAUGAGCAUUAUUCAUUUAGUGCAUGCCUGUUAGGAAGCAUGGGGAAAGGGAAAAUAAUUGCUCGUGAGGUCGCUGUAGGGUAAGACUGAAGUUGGCGACUAUAUCCACUUUACAUCUAUUUUGUGAUGGGUAGCAUAAUGUCACUUUACAUCUGUACGGGGGUUUUACCUAGAAAGAAAGCUGAGGAACUAUGAAGCGUAUGACUCUCUGAAAAUAUUAAAGGGAUCAAUGGACUGUUAUCUGUCUUUCCUCUCUUGAGGACUAGAGAAAAAAUAGACUUGCUAAGCAUCAAUGAAACGAUUUUUUGUUUUUUCUGGUGAGGAACAAAGUGACACGAGUUUUCGUCAUGUAAUUAAUGAGAACAUCUUCAUAUGCAUUGUCAGCCGUUAUUGUUUUGGUAUCGAAACAAGGACUUUUCUUCAGAUUUAAUAUUUGUUGAAACCAUUUAUUGGAAUGUGUUGGCCAUCUUCGUUUAGUGACUUAUAUAUUUCUCACUUGUUCAGUUUGCAGGAGCAAUGUUCAACAAUUGCUUAUGAAAUCUCUUUCUCUCUUGUCUAAUCUUAUCAAUUCAUUUCUCGUCCUCUCUCCUUUUACCCUAGGCAUCCAUAGAGUGUAAUCUGACGUCUUUAACUUGCAGGUGCCUAGUGACCAAAAGCUACCCUCGCUCUAUCUUCUUGAUAGCAUUGUAAAGAAUAUUGGAAGAGACUAUAUUAAAUAUUUUGCGGCCAGACUACCUGAGGUUGGAUUCUUCAUCAGUCAUAUUAUACAAAGUAGUCAUUUUUUUGGUCAGAAAACGUCUAAGCUUAUUGUUUCGUCUCUCAGUUUUGAAUGCACUAUGCACUCAUCUUUCAUAUUGCUCUUUCAGUUUUGAAUGCAUUCUUGUUUAUCUUGCUUCCUUUUAUGUGCUAUUGAUAGUUGUACUCUUUCAGGUCUUCUGCAAAGCCUAUAAACAGGUUGAUUCUUCAAUACAUCAAGGGAUGAGACAUCUCUUUGGAACAUGGAAAGGUGUCUUCCCUCCAGCUCCACUUAUGAUCAUUGAAAAAGAGCUUGGUUUUCCUCCUAUUGUCAAUGGUUCAUCUUCUGGAGGCACAGGUUCGAGGCCUGACUCCCAGGCACAGCGCCCACCCCAUAGCAUUCAUGUAAAUCCAAAAUAUUUAGAGGCAAGACAACAACUUCAGCAACCAAGCCGAGUAAGCUACUACACUGAAUAUAUUAUUUAUUUUUUCGGGUAUAUACGAGCAUUGACAUGUUUCAACUUUCUCCCCCACGUUGUCGAUCUGGAAUACCCAAUCGGGCGUUUCUGGUACACUAUAUUGAAAAGUACGUUUUUUUAAUGAAAUGUACAUUUUAGGAAAAUAUUCCUUCAAGGAAGAGUUGGAUGCCAAAUGGCUAAUCUUGCCUUGCGUUGAUAGCUGAUUGUUUUCUUAAAAAGGCAAUCAAUCAUGAUUGUCUCAAUGAAACAUUUGUUGAAUCCUUCUACUAAGGUUUCUUACUCAAGAGGAUUUUCGCUGCUGUUUUCCUGUCAUUUUGUCUGGGAGCAGACGAAGUGUGUCAUUUGUGAUGGAAAGAAAGAUACUACUACGUCUCCAUAGAUGUUGAGAGUCAUUGAUCAUUGAGAGUCAGGGCUAAACGAUAUAUAGGUUGUACAUAGGGACAUAAGGCGGGUUAACAUUCUUCCGUGUGCCAUAACUAGAACAUUUGGUUUAAGUUUCCUGUAAUUUUGCUGAUCAACCAUCUAUUGAUGUCUGUGUUUAUUGACUUAGCGUUUAGGUAAUUUAUUGACUAUCUGUCAUUUAAUUUUGUACAUUUUUGACAGUCGUGCCAUUAUCAAUGACUAAUGAAAGUUUUUAUGUUUUUUUUCUCGAAUUUUUAAUAUGCUCAUGGCUGCCAGAUAUUAUUUAUGAAAAUACGGAGUAUUGAUUGAUUGGUUCUCAUUUCCCUUGGCACCUAUUGGAGCCCUCUCAGUACGGGCAUGUUCUUGCUCUUUACUCAUAUUUCGACCUUAUAGAAUCUUGCUUGAGUUGGAUUAAUUGUUAUGCUUCGGGAUGUUAUGAAUUGCUCCAUCCGUUCUCAAUGUUAAGAAAUGCCGUCAUAGAUGUAUAAUAUUUGAGGGUUUCGUGAAGGUUAAUUACCUGUAAGUCGUUCAAAAUGAUCGUCUUUACUAGUACUGGCGACAAUUCUUCUUCCCUGAUAAUGAUAAUCUUCAAUAGGCCACACACUACUAUUUUGAUGAUGUAGGGUUGACAGGUGUUGUAAAAGUUUCCCACUAAGUCGCUAUUUUAAAGUCGCGAUUUACAGGUGGUUUCGUUUGAUUGACUGAGAGGUUCAUAUGCUUUUAAACUAAAUCGUCAAUGUCUGUGAUUCUCAACUUGUGAAUGUGCUUCACUUAGCUAAAUGUUCUUCACAUUUGCGAUCAUUAAGGUGAAAGCAGCCAACGGUGAUAAUGUUGGUAAGGCGGGUAGCACAAUGGAGGCUGUGGAGAGAGCUGAUAGAGUGUCUACGUUUGGUAGUUCAAGGCAGUGGGUAGAUCCAUCAAUAAAGGUGCAUAUUAAUGUUUCUUCCCCUUCUUUUUCUGAUUCAAAUAGUUCCAUAUUUUCUGGAGGAAACAAAUAGGUCUUAAUAUAUUUACGCUGUACUUUUUAAAGUUUUUAUGUAUUUUGAAACAUCAGAUGAAAAAUAUAUUGUAGGCAAUUCAACGACCACAGAGAGAACUUUCAAAUGAACCUGCCAUUGAGAAAAAUUCAGGUCAAGGUUAUGGAGACCGUGAAUUUGUUUCAGACUACUCUCGGCAUUCUGAUUCCGGGGUUCAAAGAGCUAGUGGGAGGUUUGCAGAGCGAGAAGUGAGUGACAAACCGUGGUCCAGCAUCAGAAAGGGUAAUCAUGAAACUAUGCUUGGUGAAAGAACUAGUUCUGAAGUAGAUCGUGCUGGUGAAAACCACCGAAUAUCAAGAUCUGGGCAGACAGUUAUUCAACCAUCAACAAACAAAGAAAUCACCACAAAUAUGGGCAGCGUGAUGGCAUCUCAGAACUGGAAGAAUUCUGAAGAAGAAGAGUAUACGUGGGAUUUGGUGAAUUCUAGAUUGAUGGAUUCCGAAGUUUCCAACAAUUCAUGGAGUUGUGAUGAUUCAGAGAACCCCACUGGGUUGCAAAGAGGCAGAAGGAUUACUCCAGAUGUUGAUCAUCUGCAAGGUCCGUGGAACAAACUAGACUCUGUGUCUCGGCUGGGCAAGCCAUCCGGAAAGGAAGACAGACUUAUACAAUCAAAGGUGUGUUCUCGAGAGAUUUAACUGCGUGUCAUCCUACGUAUGUGUUCGUGUGUUUUUUUUUUGUCAUUAAGUCCUCUGUAUGUAGAAAUACUGCGUGACAGCAAGAAAGAUCAUCUCAUGUGAUUUGCUUAUUCAGUUGACCAAUGCUUAUUUCCAUUUACUCAGGAACUUGCGGAAAACCCUCCGACAGCUUCUUUUCAACAAUCUCGGCAAAGGAGUAACAGGGAACAUUCUGCAGAUUCUGUUUCAAGAGGAACAACUUUUGGACACCGAGCUCCAGGACUAUGGUCGUCGCACGAGAUGAAUGUCUCUCUGGUCGGUUCAAAUAAUGCAACCUCAAGAAUUACAGGGCAAGAGGAUAGUUACUCUAUUCCUGGUAACAGUGAGUUGUCAACAGAAAAGGAUUUAUCGUUCCCCAAGAUUGGAGGGCAUCACAUGGGCCCAACCAGAGCGGAUACUUCCUCCAACUUAGGUCCUUUGGCGAAUGCAGUCUCGUCACUCAGUGGAAUGAUCAAUAAACAACAUCAUCACUCCCUGAAAUCACCACAAUUUGCUGAUGCACCUGCAUCUUCUGCUCUUCUGCCUCAGAAAUCAAAGAACUCGGCUGAUCAUGGUCCCUUGGGACCUGAAAAGCCUGUGCAAUCGUCUGGGCAAUUAAACCUGGGGGUAUCCUCAGCCAUCAGUCAUGAUUCUUUUCCUUCUACCGGUCUUCAAAAUGCUAUUCCACGGUCUAACACUUUACCCAACUCACAGCAGUUAUUACCCAAAAUCUCGCAGACCAUAAAAAAGUCCUCAAAGCCUCCUUCUCUGCACCAACAUCAUCUCCUUCUCUCUGAGACCCCGGAAUCUGAUCCCUCAUUUCAGCAGAUGCAGAGGCAGCCUCAUUCGUCCACUCAAUCAGAGGAAUCCCUUCAUCCAUCUCUGAGUCUCGGUUCUCUGGACAAUGGAUCGAAUCUCAUGAGUAACUCUACAGCCAACUCCAGUGGAGGUACACUGGACCAUUCAAGCACAAGUAAAUUGUUGGCUGCUAUUGCUAAAAGUGGACUUAUUUCAAUCACUCCAUCAAGUAGUCUUGAGAGCUUGAUCAGUCAGCCUCCUCUACCAGGUGGAACACAUCCUGCCCAAGCUUUGUCAACAACGGCAUCUUCAGUUGAACUUUCAUCUGCAAUUGCCUCAGUUAGUAAAGGUCAUGCGCAGCCUCCUGUAUCACACACUUUAGAACGUGGAAUCCCUCCAUUGCCUCCCGGGCCUCUUCCAUCAUCCUUAAUGGGUACUGCACCACAGGUGAUGAACGCAGCCAGCACAGUCCCAAAUCCACUCUCUAGCCUGUUGAGUUCGUUGGUUGAAAAAGGUUUGAUAUCUUCAAGCAAAGAGUCAGUUUCAAGCAUCACAGAGAUGUCUACCCCACUUACUGAUGGAAGUUCAGCUCUUCCCGCCAGCACUUCUAUGCCGCUUGCAACGACUUUGGAUUCCUGUGCUGUUCCUCCAACAUCCUCACCAAAUGAGCUCUCUAGGUUAGAAUCCUCUUCCCCAAAGGGUUCUGUCUUGUCAAAAAAGUCAUCAGCAGAUGAAGAAGGCCUGAUAGGCCUAAAAUUUAGACCGGAAGUUAUCCGUGAGUAUCACCUGGAAGUGAUUAAUCGCCUGUAUGAUUUGAAGCAUCAAGACGUCACAUGUGAGGGAAGAUUCAAAAGUCAAGAUGAGAUCCAAAGGUAUUUCAACUGGCAUGCUUCCAAGUCUAAUGUGGGUGAUUCUGAUCAAGCUUCUCUGAAGUGGUAUCCAAACUUAGGCGACUUGGUCACUGGGCAUUUGGAGACGAGAGAUGAAUCAGUGAACACAUCUCUUGAGAUUGUGAUGCCAAAGUCUGAUAACAGUGAGCCAGUGGUUCCUGCUGAUGAAGGCCAGUGCAUUUGUGCGCUCUGUGGGGAACCGUUUGAAGACGUCUAUUGUGAGGAAAGAGAUGAAUGGAUGUACAAAGGAACCGUAUAUAUGAGCCCACCAGGUAGAGAAGAGGCCAUGGAGGGCUCCGACGUGGAAAGUACGCCGCAGGGUCUAGUCGUGCACGCCCAAUGUAAAUCGAGGAAUGCGAACGAUGGAUUCGAAGCGGCUAUUGUUAAAAUGGUAUGACUCCUGAUCUGUAGAGCAGAGUUCCUAGUUAUUUUUGGCAAUGUUUUCCGUCUCUUGCAAUUGCUGAGGGAAAGGCCCCGCCCAACCCAACCCAACCCGUGGGUUACUCUAGAAAGAUGUGAUUCUGGUCUAUAGUUCUGAUUUGAGUUUUCAUCCAUAGUCGAGUGUAUGCAUGCGCACGCUGUUUCUUGCUUCCCUCCCACUGUGCUACUCAUGGAGCAAGGAUGGACCCAGGGUCGUCAACGGUUCUUGUUCAACCUAGUUGGUCAGCAGGGGCAUCUGUCUGUGUGAGGCUAGACAAGGCAUGGCCGUGAAGUUUCUUCGCCUAAGCCAUGAUGAAGACCGCGGAGCAGUUGCCGGCCUGGGAGGGAUUUUAAGAAGGGUUGUCGCACGGUGUGACUGACUGACUGACUGGCUGACUAACUCAGUGAAAUAUUAAUUUAUUUGUGAAAUUUGUUUCUCGCAGGAAUCGGACGGAAGCUGA